AUGCUGCCACCGACUCAAGGAGAGCUCCACUACCUUGUCCAGCACCUACGGCUGGUGAUCAUCCACUCGCUUGACCACUUCAACUACGCCAAUGCCGAGUUUGCUGGCGAGCGCUUGCUCACCCUUGACCCCCGUAACUUGGAGCUGAUCUACUUGUACGCGUUGCUGUUGGUGCAUCAACGCAAGUAUAAGCUGGCCUACAAUCGCCUCUACGCCGUGGUGGCCCACGCCGACACCGUGACCCAUUUGGGGUGCACUUAUCUUUUCGCUAGGUGUUGUCUUCAUCUUGAAAAGUACAAGGAAGGGGUGUACCAGCUCACCAAAGGCGACUUCCUUUACGUUGGUAGCGAGAAGAAAACGACGCCCAAGCAACGCCAUGAAUACGAGACCCACCGCUCAAUAUACCCCGACCCCCUGGUCAUCUACCAUUUGUUAGGUGAUCUCUAUCGCAAACUAAAUGACGUUAAGAACAGUGCGUUAAGUUAUACUCAGGCCCUUCAGUGGAACCGAUUUGACUUUGAGGCGUUCCAGCAAUUGUGUAAGCUUGGGGUUGACGUCAAGGCGAAAGCGGUGUUUGACGGUACUUUGACCGAUACCAACGUGUUUAUCGCCACUGAUACUCAGGAGGUAUGGCACGAAGAUGCCGAGGAUAGUGUGGGUGACAUCUUGAGUCCUCCGAGGGCCAACUUGACGUUUGAUGGGGUGUUAAAGCGACUGGCAAAUAGCGAUUUCCCCAAGCCUAAACCUCAAUUUUCAGGGCGAAUGGCACCCCGCAACCUGAACCUUGCCAAUACCUCGUUUGGCUCGAUCACACUAGCUCCUCCCGAGAGAAGCCACGGUCCCAAUGCACCGGGGCAGGCGUCAGCGCGUAAUUUCUCCCUGAAACCGCCAAUGCACCGACUGACGCUGGUGGAAACGUCACUCUUUGUCACUAAGGAAAUCGUCAAAGCAGAGCAAACGCUAGCAAAACUCUAUUUGUUGCUAGGACGAGCGUUUAAGGCACUUUGUCGAUACGAUUGUUAUAAAGCUAUUCGCUUACUAGAGCUGCUACCGGAUAAAGAGAAGGAUACUCCUUGGGUGCUUGCCAAGCUUGGUAAGCUUCAUUACGAGAUCGUUAACUAUAAACAGCUGGAGUUCUUCUUUGCUAGACUCCGACAAGUUGAUCGUACGCGGCUUGAGGACAUGGAAUACUUCUCCACGCUUUUGUGGCAUCUCCACAAAAAAGCCGAUCUUACCUAUUUGGCUAACGAGCUUCAUGAUCUCGACCCCCAACUGCCGGUUACAUGGUGUGCCAUCGGCAAUCUUUUCUCACUCAAUCGGGAACCUGAUGAAGCGAUAAAAGCGCUCAACAAAGCUACUAAACUCGAUAAGCUGUUUGUGUAUGCUUACACUCUCAAGGGUCACGAGUACUUUUCCAACGACAACUACGAGAUGGCAUUCGAAAACUUCCGUACCUCGCUUUUACUUGAUGGUCGCCACUACAACGCUUUUUACGGCAUUGGUAUGGUGUACAUGAGUCUUGGCGACUACCAAAAGGCUGACUACCACUUCCGCAAAGCAGUGGGGAUCAACCCCAUCAAUAUUAUUCUCAUCUGCUGUGUGGGGAUGGUGCUUGAUAAACUCGGCAAAAAAACGCUUGCACUUCGCCAAUAUGAUUUGGCGUGUAAGCUCCAGCCACUCAAUCCGUUGCCGCUAUUCAAAAAAGCCCAAUUGCUCUUUUCCCUCCAACAAUUUGCUGAGGCUUUGAAGAUUUUCGAAACAUUAAAGGAGAUUGCUCCAGACGAAGCCCUGGUGCACUUCCUUUUAGGCCAGCUUUACAAUAUCCAGAACGACAAGUUCAGUGCAAUCCGUGAGUUUACCAUUGCCCUCCACUUGGACCCUAAAGGAAACUACAUUAUCAAGGAGGCAAUGGAGCUGCUCAAAGACUAA